AUGAUUUCAAGGCUAGAUUUCAUCAUAGCUUAAGAAGUUAAGGAUGAAUAUCUUUGUAAUAUAUGUUAUUAGCUUGCAAUUAAUCCUGUUGAAUGUUAAAAAUGUGAAACUUUGUUUUGUAAUUCCUGCUCUUUAGAUUGGAAAGCAAAAUAAAAUAUGUAUUAUCUAUAAUUAAUAUUAUAUUAGGUGUCCUAAUAAGUGUUAAGAACCUUACUAAUUAAAAUAAGCACAUAGAAUGAUUAGAUCAGAAAUUUUAAAAGUAAAAUGCUAUUGUAAAUUCUCUAAAUUUGGUUGCCAAGAAUAAUUAAUUUUAGAUUAGCUUUAGUAACAUUUAUCUCAAUGCAAAUUUAUACCUGUCAAAUGUUGUCAAUAAUGUGAAUGGGAAGGAUAAGCUGAUGAGCUUAAUGAUCAUGUAUCAAAAUUUUUAAAUUUUAGCAAGAGAAAUGCGAUUUUAUUACGCAUAUAAUAUGUAAAUAGUGUAAACAAAAAGUAUUAAAACAAUAAAAAGAUAUUCAUAAUUGUUUUGAAACCCUUAUCAAUUUAGUUACAACUUUAUAAUUGGAUAUUAAUGAAGUGAAAUAGUCAUCAUAAAUAAAAAUAAAUGAACUUGAAAAAAAGUUAGAAGAAUAAUCUCAUAUAUAUAACUCUAUUAUUAAAUAAUCAUAAAUUGUUUUAGAAAGCUAAUAAUAAUAGAUCAAUAAUUUAUCAGUGAUUAAACCAUAGGAAUCAUCUUAAUCAAUCAUUAUUAAUUAAAAACCACCUAUAAAAUAAAAUUUGCAACCAAAACCGAUACCCAUUUUUAGAACUUGUGGAAAAUUAGGUGAAGUCAGUAAAGAUAAAAUUUGUAGACAAAAACAUCUAUUAAGAUUUUGGGUAACUCCAGGUAUUGAGGCUAGCAAAUAAACUUGCAGUAAUUGUUAAAAAAAUCAAAUUUGCCGAUAUGUAUGCGAAACUUGUUCAGAUUAUUAUUGUUUAAUUUGUGCACCCCCAGAAAAUAUGUGUAAAGGUAAAAGUUAUCCAUCAUUUUGUCCAUCUGGUCAUAAAAUGGAAACCAGAAAAACUACCGCUUAUGUUUGUGAUGUAUGUGGAUAACAUGGAUCAGAAAUGUCAUACAGUAAAACUUUAUGUUGUAAGGAUUGUGAUUUUGACAUUUGCUAAAACUGUUAAGAAUAGAUGAUUAAAAAUAGAGAUUGUGUCAUUUUUUGAAAAAAUGAAUAUUAAAU